AGUUAAGAGGCACAACCUACCCAGCUUCACCAUGCAACCAUAAUACAGUCACCACCAUGUCUGCGCUCUACAACUCCGCUCUCCGCCAGUCCAAGUCUCUACGCUCCUCCCUUGACAGCCUCGCCGCCAACACCUCGCCCAACUCUGCCGCCCUUCAAGGCCAAAUCACCACUCUAUUGACGAGCUUCACACGAACCUUGGAUGACUAUCAGAAAUCACUUGAUAGUGAACUCAUUCCCGACAAGCGCGAAAAGGGUCUCGAACGCAUCUCCAAUUUCCGCGCAGAUCUCCUCGAAUUCAAAAGCAGAUAUGCCGAGCUAAAAGCGGAACGAGAACAACAAGCACACGUGGAGCAACGCAGCGAAUUAUUUGGACAACGGCGAGGCUAUGCAGGAGGAGGGAGCGAAACACCCGAAAAUCCCUACUCGGACAAGAACGUAGCAGCAGCAGGGAAAGGACCUGGGCUAGGAGAGAAUGUGAAUCCUCUGUUCCGCACCUCUAACCCCAAUUUCACCCCGGGAGCGCAAGGUGUCAAUAGCUACAGCUCCUAUCAGUCGCCCUACGGUCUCGGCGCCGAUCAAAGUCGCGAGCAUCACGCGUUGAAGGAGAAUUCAUUUUUCAACUCCGCCAAUACUACUCUGGAUGAGUAUUUGGAACGUGGAAGAGCUGUUCUGGGAGACUUGGGUGAUCAGAGAGAGAUGCUCAAGGGAACACAAAGGAAACUCUAUGAUAUUGGAACUACGUUGGGGAUUUCUGGCGAUACCAUUCGCAUGGUGAAUCGAAGGGCCAAACAGGAUAAGUGGAUCUUCUGGGGAGGCGUGGUCAUCUUCAUCAUAUUUGUGUACUUUGUGUUGAAGUGGCUGAGAUGAAGCACCCUAGGGCAAGGCAAGGCAAGGCGCAAGGCACAGCACGAGUGAGUGAGUGAUGAACAAUCCUUUUUUUUUCUGUUUAGCGAGGCGUUCGGACGAUACACCCACCUACUUACUCCAACCUGCAUGGAUGGAGAGAUGCACAUGCUGGUGGGAAAAACAGCACCGGAAGGAUUAUAGCACAGCAGCAAUGUGACCCACAGACUGUUGCCCUUUUUUUUCAGGCCUCCAUUUUUCC